GCCAGGUUUGCUGAUGCCUAGAAUACUCAUAUCAUAGACAGUGUAUCUAGUCCUAGAGGAAUGAAUGACCUAAUUAUUAAGUUUCAUACUUUUCUUCCUGAGUUGAGAUUAAUGCUACUUUUUUCGUAUCAGCCGAUGAUUCGUGGUCUGAAAAGGCUUGUCUGACACAUGCUGUAUUUACAUGGCGGGGGAAUGUACCUGCAAAAGCCACUCCAACGCUCAAGUCAGUGAACGAGCUAUGAGAGAAUCUCAAAUCUAAGAAUUCAAAGUUUGGAUAAUAACUAGUGCUUAUGUAUAAAUGACUAAACAUGUAUUUAUAAGUUUGGUGUUCGUCGUGUUGGUGACUUGUAGUCUUUAGAAAAUCUUGAAGAAGGUCUUUCGCGAUGAUGGUUUCUUUUGAGUAACCUUACAAUGUCUCAUUUAGUAAUUCAUAACGAACUGCUCGGCCUACACCGGGACAAAAUAUUUCAUAGCUGAGUACUCGAGCUGCCAUCGUGGUACUAGCUUGGUUGCAAAACCUUUGGACUGGAGGAGAUGCUAUUGGACCUUAUCGCAAUUUGGACCGGGCGAAAGAGAUAGUUUCAUAUUACUAUAUUAAACCAAAAUCCUCAUCCUCUGUCCACAUUUGGUGUCUCCCUGCUUCACCAAUUUAAUUGUGUCAUGACAUUCAAAAACCACUCAUUUAAGGGUUAUAGUCUAGCACAAUUUUAUUAGUGGAACUGAGAAUGAAAAUGAGACACUAAAUAGGAUUAAAUUGUUUAUUUAUUAAUUGUUAAGCCGAUAGCUGGUGGGGUUCCGCACACUCAUUAGAAAUAUUAUCCACCUCUCGCACCUUGUGAGUUUUUCUGGUCAUCUCCAUUUCACUUUUCCAACACUUAAUGUUUUAUGAUUUGCCUAUUGUCAUCUCUUACACUUUAUGUGUAUGUAUAUAUGUGUGGCCUUAAUAGCCUCUUCAUGAACGUGGGAACAUGACAUACAAAUAUCAAAUAGCCAUGCAAGGAGAACAUUUGCGUAAAGGGACUUGGCUCCAAGAGGAAGAUGAGCAAUUGAUCAGCUUUGUGACCCGUCUUGGGGAACGUAGGUGGGAUUCCCUGGCCAAAGUAGCUGGCCUUAGGAGAAGUGGUAAAAGCUGCAGGUUAAGGUGGAUGAACUAUCUUCGUCCAAAUCUCAAGCAUGGCCCUUUUAGUGUUGAAGAAGAACAACUAAUUGUCCACCUUCAGCAGCGAUGGGGUAACAAGUGGUCGAAAAUUGCUCGAAGGCUUCCAGGACGAACAGACAAUGAAAUAAAGAACUACUGGAGAACCCAUUUAAGAAAAAGAGCAGAAGUUCAACAAGAAGGUGCAAUUUGCUAUUUCUUACACACAUGUGAGUUGAAGUAUGAAUUAGAAAACACAGCACAAGAUUUCAACCAGAAAAGCAUCACUAAUAUGAUUUCCGAGGAUUGCAACCAUGUUAAAGUUUACAGUGAAGACAGUGAGUGGGAAUCUAAGGAAAGAUCCAUUGACACUUUUCCCUUAUCAGAUUGGGAAUUGAGAAGCUCACCGUAUGAAGCUAGGAUAUUUGAUUGGAUAACAGAAUUGCAAAAUGGAUUUGGAGAGAAAGAACGAGAACAUGAUUGCGAUAACUCUCAAGAGUUUGCAGAGAGCUGUUAUAAUAUAUGGGAUUAUUCAGGUGGAGAUUCUUCCUCUGACUCUCACACUGAAGAGCAUGACAAGAUUUCUCAGGAAGAUGUGAUUCCAGUGUUGGAUGUGGUAGAAGAAACUGAGUCUGAUGAUGACAUUCUUGUGACCAAGAGUGUUCGUGGAAGUUUUGUUGAAAGACUUAAGAAGAUGAAGAAAGAAAAGGUUGUGAAAGCUCCUCGCCGUUCUCCAAGGACAACCAAGGCUGUUGUUGUUACUCCUAAGGAGAAGAUGAAAAAGAAGAAAGGGACGAUGGAGAGCCAUCCCUCCAAGAAGAGGAGUUUGAAAAGAAAGCAUGUUGUUGUGAGUGACACAGAGACAAAUGCUGAAGAUGAUGUGCUGGAGGAAAGAGAGUUCAUGUGA